GUUAUAUACAUUUUUCUUAUAUGUGAAGGCAAGAUAGAAAGAGAAUUUAAAAAAAACAAGCGAACACAUUGGAAUCGAAAUUUAAAAAUAACCUGAAAGAUAAACUAUUAGUGUUGUUCACUCACUCUCUCUCUUUAUAGACAUAUACAAAUAUACGCACAUGAUAAGCAUAAACAUACUCUAACAUUGCGUAAAUCUACAAAUCUUAAACAUCUGUUCGAUUCAUCGAGGAUACACAUAUAGGUAUAGGUAUACGGUCAAUCAUAAGCUUGAUAUGAAUGUAAACUUUCAAGCAAACAUGGUAAUGGGGUGGAGAAAACAAUGGAAAAUCGUUCAAACGAGUAGCGAAUAAAUGAAUGAGUGAGCAAUAGAUGAAUGAGUGAAUAAAUGAGAGAGUAAUGGUGGACAAGAUGAGUGAACCAUCACAAUGUUUAAGGCUGUUUAAGUAAUUAAGCUAUUGAACGAAUAAUUAUUAAUAAAAUGUGCACCAAUGUGUGUUGUAUGUAUGUACAAAUAUUUUUGUAUUUACGUAUAAUUGUAAUAAAGAUGUCAUUUAACACACGAAACACAUUUAUUUUCAUUUGAACUAUCGUCGACAUUCAUUUGUACAAUAUAACUACUCGGAUUUGUACUCAUCAUUUGGAUAAUAAUCUUUACAGCAAAGAACUAACUUUCCAAACAUAAAGAAAAUCUAAUAUUAGUAUCUCAGUUUCAAUGUUAACUCAUACAGAAUCAAUAAUUAGUCCACUAAUUUGCCAUAAUUACAGUCUGUUUAAUAAACAAACUCACAUGUACCACCCUAUUAUAUCUGACAGUUCCAAUCUACACAGUAAUGAGAUAGCCUCUUGUACAAGUAUUCAUAAAAACAACAACAGUGAUAGUAGUAACACUGCCAAUAUAAUUGAUAAUUCCAACAGGAUUAAUUUACAUUUCAGAAGUAAGCCUGAUUAUACAGGAACAGCAUCAGAGUCACUAAAGAAUAUAGGUCAGUCUUUUGAUUUUGGAACAAAACAACUGAAUAAUAGUAGUGAUAACAAUGAUCAUCAUCAAAGUAAUGAAUCUCAGUAUUAUCAGUCAAUGCAGUAUUUAAACUCAUGUCUAUUUAAGUCACUACAAUUAAAUUUUGCAUCAUCCAGUGAAGCAUGCGACGGCUAUAAUCAUCAAAACAAAGAAAUAAAUGAGGAUCUUUCAUCGGAUUAUACAACAAACAAUUUAUCACAUGCAUCAAGAAUGAGAAAUAAUGAAACUUUAAAAGACAGUCUGUCAGCAUCAGUUAUUCCAGUCAAAACGUCACCGUCUCCGUCAACGUCAUUACCUGUUUCGCUAUCAUCAUCUAAUAUGCAUUCAUCAUUGUAUAGUGAAUCAAAUGGAGUCCAUCUUCCAAUGAACGAUUUAUUCUCUUAUAAACAAGGAAGAGAUGAAAUAUUUAAUAAACUUGAAACGGUGAAUGAAUCACUAAAUGUAAGUCUAUUUGUGUAUGAAAAGUUUGGUUUACUCUUGUCUUUAAUGUUACCUCAAUUUUAUUACUACAGAUAUUGAAAAGAAUACAAGUAAACUAUUUACUAAAAUUUUAAAGCGUUCUACAUGUAGUACAUUGGCUUUUUAUACUGCAAACGAGUCGAAAUGAUAGAGUUUUCCAUUGAAGCACUAUAGGACAGAUGUAAAUAUUGAAAUUAAUUACUACAGAUUAUUCAUAUUAUCUAUAUGCACCAAUAUUGUGACGUCAUAAUUAAAGACAAAAGUUACUCAACUACAGAUGGAGUCGAUAACACGAAAUACCUUCAAAUCAAAUCUAAAUUUAAUGAUGAUGAUGAGAACUCUUGAGUUCUGUAUGCCAGAGAAUGCCAGAAUUCUCUAACAGAAGAUCUUUCGCUUAUGCUGAAUUUCCCUGAUUCAAUUUCAGAUGGUAAUCAAUCUUCAAAUCACUCUCUGAACAAUAAUAAUAACACAAGUAAUCACAACAAUAUUAUACACCAUACAGAUGAAAUAAAAACCAACUUAACUUACACAAUUGAUCGAAUUUUGUUAUCGGAAAACGAAUCACCAAACUCUGAUUUGUUAUUAAGUGUAUCAAAUCACUUAACUAAUACACUAACAGAUUCAAACAACAGGGAAAAUUUAAAUCAAUUUAAUUCCGUUAAUGUUGAUACUGGAAAUCAGAGUUACGUAAACAAUGAAUGGCUUUCUACUGAUCAGUUAAUUAAUGGCUCUAAUUCUACUAAUAAUUGUAGACCAACACAACCAUCAUUUCCAUGUUCAUUGGCUGAACAAUCGUCAUUGUCUUCUUCGUCAUGUUCACAAACAGGUUUUCAGUUUUGGUUUGGCAUAUUUUAUAAACUAUGGUUAGAACAAUUUAAUCAAAUCCAAUCAAAACCAAUUGAUUUCAGUCAGUCUGUGUCAGGGAUGAGUUCGAAGAAAUCAGACGAACUUCAGCUCAAAUCAUUUCCGUUUAGUAAUAACAUAAAUAUUCAUGCUGAUAACGGUAGUGAUAUUUUUCCGUUCAAUUCACCAAUGCAUCCUUCAGUGAAUGCCUCGAAUGGUUUUCGGACGUUAGAAAGUUUCACAGAAAAUCUUUUUGUGAAACCAUCUCACAUGAAAGAGGAUUCUUAUCACCGAUCAGAUUCAUUGUCUCUAAACACUAAUUCUACAUUGUCCCCUCAAUCAUGUUGUAUUACAAAUGAUGUCAGAAACAAUAAACGUAAUCAGAACGAUAACUUGAAUGCUGACUCUGAAUACAAACAACAAUACUUAUACAGAAUGUGCGAAAAUGGUACAAAUCUAAAUACAGCACACUUUAGUGAUUUAAAAAAUAUUUCUGAGUCAGUUUCUCGACCUCCUCAAUCAAAAACAAGUAACAGUCCAGAUAAAAAUGAAUAUGAUUAUCCUCAUAACUUAUUUUCAUUUCAGAUGAAUAAAAUUACAACUCCAUGUAGUAAUCCUUUGAUGACAAUAUUAACACCAUGUACGAAGCAAUAUAGUGAGCACCAUUAUAAUUACCCACUACCUACUUCAAGUCACUCUCUUCCUUCUCAAUCGAUAACAUCGACUGAAAACUCAAAAUACUCAGUAAAUAUUGUACACAAGUCAUCGAUUUUAUCUAACUAUAGAUUACAUUCAAAUUAUUCAAGACUACGUGGGAAAUCCGUGAUUAGUGGUAACAUUUCAAGUGAUAACUUACAACAACGUGGGUACCGAGCUUUACCAUUCCCAUUAACAAAACGCGAUGGCCGCAUGCAUUAUGAAUGUAAUAUAUGUCGUAAAACUUUUGGACAAUUAUCUAAUUUAAAAGUGCAUUUACGUACACAUACAGGUGAAAGACCAUUCCGUUGUGAUACAUGUCAUAAAGGCUUUACGCAGUUGGCUCAUUUACAGAAGCAUAAUUUAGUACAUACCGGUGAAAAACCACAUCAAUGUACAGUGUGUGGAAAACGUUUUAGCAGCACAAGCAACUUAAAAACACAUUUGCGACUACAUAGUGGUGAAAAACCAUUUGCGUGUAAGUUAUGUACAGCCAAAUUUAGCCAAUUUAUUCAUCUAAAAUUACAUCGGCGUUUACAUGCAAACGAAAGACCAUUUAUCUGCCCAAGAUGUCACCAUAAAUUUCUCGAUUCCAAAGGACUGAAGCAACACUGGAGACGAGGAAUCUGUUAUUCUUGCGAAGAAUUACCUCCAGGUAACUGGAGUGACAUGGAUGGUGAUGAGGAUGCUACUGAAACUCAAGUCAAAAAAAUGCCUUCUUCAGUAAGUUCCAGUAAUCACCGACAACAACAGCAUAAGCGUUCAGAUAGAAUUUGUGAUAUGGACAUUACGGAAAACAGUGAUACUGCCGAUAAAGGAACUAAUAAAAGACGCAAUUUUUCCACAAAUAUGAUUCCAAUGUAUAUAACACCAUAAAAACGAGAAAGAGGUAUACCUCUAGUACCUAGGUGUAAUAAUUCUCUGAAGGUUAUCGAAAUUGUCAUGAAUACUUCAAAACAGAUUUUUAACUAAAAUUCUAAAUGAUCCGGGUACACCUUUUUUAAAAUAUGGCUGUGUAACAUAAAAACAUAUUUUCAAUUCUUGAAAGAAAGACACAACUUUUCCAAUCUUAGAUAACUAAACAAAUAAUAUAUUCAAAUACCUAAUUGUAUAUUAUUUAAACUAGUGAAAACUUGCGUCUAUUGUGUGAUUUUGAAGUGAAAUACAGUAUAUUUUGUUAACUG